AGCUUACUUACUUUGACUAAAGGCGGCGUUUGAAUAAAGUAUCAUGGGGGAGGUGAAUUUUGAUGUUUUACUUCACUUGCUAAAGGCUUCUUCAAAGAGUCAAGUGGUGGAUUUCUGUCAUAAUUGCUAUAUACAUAAGGAUGACAUCAGUAGCCAUCAUAAGCUUGUCGAAAACACAUCUGUAACUCUGAACAUAGGCCAAGAAGCUGCUCUUGAAACUAUGAAUGCUAUGGCAGAAUUGGAGAAGAAAGCAGUUUUUCAUAACUGUUCCUCCAUUAAAGACGUAGCAGCUCUAUUUCCUGAAAACUUUCAUAAGAACCUCAAAGAGCUGUUAUCCAAGAUAAUUACUGAAAACAUUCAUCAGUGGAAAACAGACACAAUCAACAGUUUAGUGUCUUUACCAAAACUUGUAGACUUUGACUGGCAAGUAAAUGUCAAAAUGGCCUCCAACAACACAGCAAAAAUUAAUAUUCCUGCCUGUGUUUUGAAUUUGAAGUUAGAAAAUCCAAGGAUCUAUAGAACAGAUAACAAUCAUGUUUCUGAAGUGAACAUAGAGCUAAGCCAAGAGAAGCUUGACACAAUGUUACAUGGACUAAGCAGAAUUCGAGAUCAGCUGUCUGCUGUUGCUAGAAAGUAGUGUAAUUUCAAGCACUGGUAAAUUUCUUGACAAGUGUGUGAAUAGUGAAGAAAUGUGUCAGAAUAUGAAAUGUCCUUCAUCUAGGAUGGAUGUCAGUAAUUUUAAGAAGGGAAUCACCCAUGAAUAAAUUUUCUUGUUUCAUCGUGUGCAAUUGAGCUAGAUAAAAUGGUUCUAUGGUGUGCAGACUUGUUUAUGAUAACUUAAGAUCUGUUGUCCUAUCUGUUGGUCUAGCUCUUGCAAAGAAUUGGUUAGUAAAUGCAAACAGUGCAUCUGGGUUAAUUAUUUAGUGACAGGAGAUCUGCAAGAAAGUAUGGAUAUUAUAAACUAAUAUAUAUUCCAGUUUUAUAGAAUGGAAUAGUUAAUUACAUUGAGUAUUUCUGUCAAAGUGAAUGUUGUUUGAAAACAGAAAAUAUGUUUCUAAUUUUCAAUAUUCCAUGUAAUUGCAUGAGUUACUCUUUUAAAUUAAGUUUUAUUGUAAAUCAUAAAACUAAACAUUUUUUUUCAUUUAAUUACAAUGUUCAACAAGUUGAAAAAUUUCUACAAGGCCCUUUCAUUCAUACAGAAUAAUUACAAAAAGCCCUGCAUGUGGAACAUCAUCAGUUAACCUAUUGAAUGUUGCUGCUCUAAACGUGCACAAAAUUUUUAAAGGCCAUACACUGUAUAUGGCACACUUAAAUUCAACAAACAAAUUCGGCAUUCAGUGCACUUAUAAUUGAAACUGUAAUUUCAAACCAAGAUUGAGAAACAGUUCUAAAAUAACUGUGAACCAGAAGGUAAGGAAUAUUGAACACUCAUUAUAUAGAUAAAUAUUUAUAGAUAUGUAUUUUUUGUAAAGGUAAAAUACAAAGAAAGUCCUUGAAAAAGACUGUUUAUAAUAAAUUUAAUAUGAUUAAUUUGGCUUUGGUGUAAUAUAAGAAUAGCAGAGUUUAUUUAAUAUGUUAAUGUGAGGUUCGCUUUUACAAAAUUUAAAUGUAUCCAUAAAUUAUCCUUAAAAAUUUAGAACUUAGGUAAAAAAAAGAACACAAGUACAAACUGUGUUAAGGAAGUACCUAUGUCCCCAGUAAUGUUAUACUGUAAGUUUAGUCACACCCAGUCUAAUAUUGUAUAAGUUUGGCCAAAACCCUUCCAUCCAGCCUUCAGACAUGAUGUCUCUACAAGAUAUAAACAGAUUUUCUAUGCACUACCUGAAACCAUCAAAAGCUAAUCAGGACUAAAACAUUGAGUGUGGUACCUUUUAUUUAAGUUUGGUCAAACUCCAUCAAUCUAAUCUUCAUAUAUCCUGUCCAUAAGUUCUGGACAGACAGCCAGACAAAUUGAUAUACAAAAAGGAACAACUAAGAUGCACCAUUCUGCUUUGAAGUGGAGGCAUAAUAAUUGUAUGUUUUUAUUUUGAAAGGUUUGAUUACUUCAUUCAAGUGUAUUUUUAUUUACAGUUUUAGGAUAUUUAGUUAAUAAAAAUGUUGUGUUAUAAUUAAUUUUAGUCUUCAUUGCAGGAGAGCCUGAAUAUUUUUGAAAGUCUCCUGCUUUUUUGUUAACAAAUGGUCAGACAGCAGUUUUCUCCCAAUUUUAUUUCCAAUAUUAGUAUAUAAGGAUUUAAUUAAAACUUCUAUUGAUUAGAAUGAUAAGAUUAGAAAAUGAUUCAUUACUUACAGAAACCAAUGGUUGUAGAACAUACAAAUUAUUGGGAAUCCAACAAUGAAGGGAUCCAUGAAAAGGCCUGUGAUUACUAGAAGAAGGAACAAGUUGUUCUGGUUUUGACUACCAGGAACAAGCUGUUGAAUCGUGAUUAUUUGUUUUAGAAAGUAAUCUUGAGCACCAAAUUAUACAAACAGGGAGAAUCCUUAGUACAGUGUUGCCCAUAGCCUCAUACCUCUUUUACUGGGCUUAUUAUUUUAGUUUUCUAUCUUUGAACUUUAUUAUGUACAAACUCAAUCAUGUCAAAUCUGAACUGUAACUUUCUUGGCAUAUAAAAGUAUUUAAUUGAGGAUAAUUUUA